AGGAUCGUACCCGCGACGCGGAGAACAAGUUGCUGAUUGAAAACGAAAGAGCAGCAAGAAUGCAAAGGGAGGAACGUGAUAGUGACCACCCCCUCUUCGUAGUUUGUGCAGAUAGUGGUAGUCAUGAGCGCGUCCGCUCUUCAUUCUAACCGACUCGGUGGCCUUUAGUCGACCAGGCGAAUCUAUCGAGCGAAGAAGUAAGAAGACUCUCCGCGUGUGCUUGAACGGAUAGAGACUUGAAUGUGGCCGAGAGAAUGCAGCCCGGAACGAGACUAGAGAGAUUCUAUUCGCCGACAAUAAUAUUACUGUUGUUCCUAAGUUUGAUCGACUGCACUACCGCUACGUGGAAGAGGCGGGAGGACAAGACCAAAUGUCCCAAAGUAAAGGGCAUACGGAAUUUUGAUAUAUCCGAGUUCCUUGGAUCGUGGUACAUAGUGCAGUAUUAUGCAAGCUCGGAGGAAGCGCUCGCGUACAGAUGCAUGCGGGCCGAAUUGUCGAUAUCGUCAGAAAGUACCGAGGUUACCAUGAAUUUCACUUACAGUUUCACCGAUGAUCCGAUUAAUGAGCAACUUGUUGGCAAUAUCACCUGGAAAAUUCCUUCUCCGGAGCUACCUGCUCACUGGGUGCACGCUGAGUAUCCGUACGAAGGUGUGUACAAUACAUACGUACUGGAUUCGGACUACAAGUCGUGGGCUUUAUUAAUGCACUGCGCGGAACAAAGCAAAAGUCCUCGAUAUUUAUCGAGCUUCAUCAUGAGCCGAGAACCGAGUCUCGGAACUAACGUUAUUUCUUAUCUUCGCGAGAAAUUGCCCAGAUAUGAUAUCGAUUUGGAGUACAUGUUUCCCAUGGACCAGGAUCAGUGUAACAAGACAGAGACUUCCGAAAUGGACUUGCUGCUCCCACCAUCGGUAGUACUUAGAACGAACAAUGUGACACGAAAACACCCACUGAAAAGGAAGCAUCGACGUGCUUGAAUUUAAUAUGCUAAAUGUUGUCUAAAUAGAUUUUAUGAUACGAUUAGUAGUGUAAGUAUGGUGCAUUUUGCAUUGGGACUACCAUCUUAGUCCAAAUGUUGCUUAAAUUAUUGUAUUAAAAAGAUAAUUGAAAAUGGAAGGUGGAAAAUAGAUACAAUUGAGUUGUA